AUGUCGACGUACGAUGAUAAGCAGCAUGGUGAGCCAAGCGUGCUCCCGGCUACGCCGCCAGACCGAGCAUUACGGCCGCUGACGACGGACGAAAAAGUAGCUGCUACCACGGUCGAUAUCGAGUCGCGAGGCGGAUCGAGCGAGAAGCAACAAGAGUAUCAAGGCACGGUGGUGAAGCAAGACAAUGGCAUACUAUCGAAGCUGCGGAAUGUCGAGGCUGCAAUGGACCGGAAGCUGGGCAUUGAGAGCGAGGCCAUCGAUCGCAAGCUGCCGGAAGAAAGACAACCAUUGACGUGGCAGACGACAAUGACCAUGUCUUUGCUGUGGGCGUCAGGCACUAUGAACAUCUCAUGCAUGGCGACAGGAUUCCUGGGACAUGAAUUCGGCCUCUCGCUCAAGCAGUCAAUACUGAUUUCGAUAUUUGGCUCACUUCUUGGUGGUGCUGUAUCUGGAUUCUGUGCUACCCUCGGUGCGGCCACUGGCCUUCGACAGAUCUCCAUUGGCCGAUACAGCAUGGGCUGGUAUCCCAACAAGAUCAUUGCGUUUCUAAACACCCUGCAACAGCUCGGCUGGUCAGCUGUUGGUUGCAUUACUGGUGGUCUGGCAUUGCAGGCCGUAUCUGGCGGCAGUCUCUCGAUCGUCGUUGGCAUUAUCAUUAUUGCCUUCGUCAGCUUCCUGAUCAGUCUCGUCGGUCUACGCUUCAUCUUGAUCUACGAGCGCUACGCAUGGCUUAUUUAUCUCGUCAUCUUUCUAAUCAUCUUCGGCCAAACUGGAAAGUACGCUGAUAACAAGACCGAGUCUGAACUGAAAGGCGCCGAUCUGAGCGGGAUUGUACUGAGUCUUCUGGCCAUUGUCUACGGCUCCUCUGCAUCGUGGGCCACUGUCGCCAGUGACUACUACGUCCUCUAUCCAGUCAACGUCAGCCGAACAAAGGUCUUCAUCCUUACCUCCCUGGGCAUUGCGAUCCCUACAUCUAUUGGCAUGGUCGCUGGCUGUGUUGUCAGCUCGGCAUUAAACAAUCGUCAAGACUGGGCCACCACGAACGAGGACAAAGGCAUUGGCUUCUUGAUCCAGCAAAUGCUCUACCCACGUGGCUUCGCAGAUUUCCUGCUCGUGCUUCUCGUGCUCAGUGGCAUCAACUGCAACACCAUCAACACCUACAGUGCCGCCAUCUCUUGCCAACAGUUCGCAAGACCAUUCGCCAGGGUACCACGUUUCGUCUGGAACUUCCUCUGCUUCGGCGUUAUAAUCGCCUUGGCUCUAGCCGGUCGAGAUCAGCUUCUCGCCUACCUACAGAACUUUCUAUCCCUACUCGGAUACUGGUGCACGAGCUACUUCGUCAUCGUGUUCAGCGAGCACUACAUCUUCCGCAAGGACAACUUCAUGAACUACGAUCUUGAAGGCUGGAAUGAUCCAAAACGACUACCACUUGGUAUUGCUGGUUUCUCCGCCUUCGCGCUCGGCGUAGUGAUGUGGUGCAUGGGCAUGGUUGAGACGUGGUAUGUCGGACCAAUUGGCAAGCUGAUUGGCGCGUACGGUGGCGACAUCGCCAACGAGCUUGCAUUCGCCGCCACCUCGUUGUCGUACAUUCCCAUACGCUACCUCGAGCUGAAGUACGUCGGACGAUAG